AGCUACCCACUUGAGCGUAUUCUGUUUUUCUUACUUAUUAUUGUUGAUUCCUGAUUUACCGGUCUAGACACACGACAUGCAUUUCCGAGGAUACUGUGCAUUGUUAGUAGUUGUAGCUGUAACCUUUGCAAAUCUCAGUGAGUCUGUUACUGUUCUUGAGUUGGACAAAGAGGCUUCCAAGUAUACUUCGUUUAAAGAAGCAUGGAAACAAUCUGCUACAAUGUACAAAGAUUUGCCUGCAGCUUGUGCAAAAUACAAAAACGUGAUUGACCAAGCUGAGAUGAGAAUAAUAAUAGCUUAUACCACGGACACGGCGUUUCACAGCGAAUUAAAUGAAUAUGUACGGACAGGUACAACUACAAAAGCUAGGAAGUUUCCAAAGGCCAAAGCUGCAUUGUCAAAAGCAUUGAAAAAACUCGGGGACUACCAACGAAAUCACAAGACCAGCCGUCACACAGGCAAGCUAUACCGUGCUGAAUCCUACGAUGAUGUUUAUAAGACCUAUAAUAAAGGUAAAGGUAAACUGGUACAAUUUACCUCCACAUCUAUAUACAAGAAUGUGGCAGAAAAAUAUAGAGACGAUCGUAGACUAGAUUACUUAACAACAUUCAAAAACCCACCGGCUGGCGCAUACAUUGGAGAUUGUUCAGCUAUUCCUCCGGAGUAUGAGUUUUUGUUACCAUUUGGUCUAGAAUACACACCGGAGGAAGUAAAGGAUGAGACUGCAAUUUUGAAUUUACAAAAAAAUGUUGCCACAACUAUAGCGAUACCUCGUCUUAAACGCAAGCCCGCUAAAACAAAAUGCUUUCCCGCUAAAACAGAACUAUUAACACGAAAUGGUGUUAAAUACAUAGAAGAUAUAGAAAUUGGCGACGAAGUACAAGUUAUCUCCCCUGAUGGUAGUGUUGGUUACAGUGAAGUAUGGUGUCAUGGUCAUUACGAUCUCAACUCGACCAAUAGCUACCUGGAAAUAACAACACAGACACAUGUAUUACCCAUCAGUCAUCGGCAUUAUCUUCCGGUUGCUGUUAACUCAACUUUCAUCUAUAAAAUGGCACAAGAUGUCAAGGUAGGGGAUUUUCUGGUAACGGUUGAUGGCGAUGGGCAGUUGUUAGAAAUGGUGCAGUAUGUAAAGGAAAUUGAAAGAACGGGCGCCUUUUCCCCGUUGACGAAAUCCGGUCACGUUCUUAUAAAUGGAAUCCAGGCCUCGUGUUAUUCUGAGGUUUACCCGACAACAGCCCAUGCAGGUUUGACCCCAUUCCGAGUGGCCUAUGAUGUCACACCGCGAGCUAUCAUGGAUCUCAUUCUAGCACCUAAUUCAAAUGGUGUACCGUAUAUUUUUGAUGCAGUUCUCAAUACAAUGGGUCCAUUUAUUGUACAGGGGUCUGCAGGUACCAUGGAAACCAAUGGUCUUCCAAAUCUGUUCCGGCCUUUUGUACAUACCAUUUCAUAAAUAUAAAAAUCAAUUAAUUUCAAAUGCCAUCUGUGAAGUUUUUAAUUCCUGUUUAAGAUAUGUGCUUUUCUCAAACCAAUUAUAUUUUUUUCAGUUUUAAUUCUAAUAAUGGAUUGUUAAUUUUAUUUAUGUGUCUUGAACGAAAGACGACCUUCAGACAAAUUCCAUCUUAGUACACCACGAUCUUGACAUUAUCACUAAUAGUUUGGUAACAAGAAGAUAUUUUCGUACGCCUAUAACUGAGACUUAAAAUUACGGAAAAGAAAAAUUAUAAAAUUUGUAUUAAUUCUUAAUUAUUGUUUUAGACAUAUGCUUUUUGUAUAUCCCCUCGAACGCUCUUAUACCAAAGUGCGUGACAUAUAUUUAUGAAACUUGCUGAAAUACUUCAUUAGAUUAGAACUUUGUCAAAAUUCAAUUCAUUUAAUCGACCUUUAUCAUCAUGCUGGAUUUUAUUAAAUCAAAUAUUAAACAUACAUUAUACAAGAGCUAAAUCUACGUAUCGCAGGUCUUUCUUUAGGCCUGAAAUGUUCUCUAAAUUUUAAAUAUAUACUGGAUUUGAAUACAUUUUGUGAUGGAUGAUUUAACAUCAAAAUGGAUAAUGGAGACUUUGUGUUUUAUCGUACCGACUUGAGUAAUGAUGAUUGAGGCUAGGCCUACAAUUCAAUCGCUAAUAUAUCGGUUCAGAGUGGAUCAAUUUGACUAAAAUUUUUAAGCAAACCCCCCUUUACAUUAUCUAGUUUUUAACUAUUAUAGUGAGAACUGCCAGCUCUUUAUCUAAUCUCCCAUAAUGCAUCUUUAAAGGAGGUCGUCCAUCUAAUUAUGUUCAAUAGCUUGAGAUAGCUAUAAUUUUCAACAUAUUCCCUUUACAUUAUUUAUUUAUUAACUAUUAUAGUGAGAACUGUCAGCUAUUUAUCCAAUCUUCCAUAAUCCCCCUUUAAGGCUAAAUAAAUUUAAUAUUAAUAUAUUGUCAUAUAAAACAACUCAUAUAAAUUCAUCGACAAAGAAUGUUUAAAAAAAAUAAGCUUACCUUUUGCAGAUAAAUGAGUCAGUAUUUUCUAUCUUCAGAACAGAACAGCCAGACGUAAAAUUACUUGUGACUUCAUAUUUUCAACAAGAACAAUGAAAAUGUCUGUGUGUAUACGUCACACUAAUGUCAAAGAUUGCCAAAUUUCCGGGUUAUUUAAUGGCACUUACAUAUCUUACCGUUUUAGUUUAAUAUUUUGAAAACUUGUGCACAUUGAUUCUUCAUUAUUAGGAAAAGCCUUCUCCAAAUUUGAACAUUUGAAUGCUAUCUAUAUUUAUAUAGUUAUUACCUUUUAUAUUUUUAUUUACUUAACAUAUAUUUUUUUCGCCCUUUAUUAUAAUAUUGUGUGUACUAAGUUUUGUUUCGUAUUGUAUCAAUAUUAAAAUUUGAAUUUUGUAUUCCUGCUUAUAUCAGUUUAAUCCUGCUAAUUUCAUUUAUCUGCUGCAGUUGAAUAAAAUUCUUUUAAAAUGCUUUUUUUUAAUAUCUAAAAGUAGACAAUUUACUUCAGACCGCACUCCAUUUGAAAACAAUUAUAGAAAAUAUACCAAUA